UUCAAACAUUCCAGUGCCCAACUUUUCCAGAAAGACAACGAUUCCAAGAAUAUAUUAAUUUGUUGUAGCACUUUUCUACAAUCUUAUAUGAAGUAUAAGAUUUUUUUCAAUAUGGCUGAUCAAGACAGCCAUUUUCAUGACAUUCCCUUUGUUUUUAAAUGGAUAUGAUGACUCUACGAAAGUGUUUGUCAUAUAUUUUACAUAGAAAGAAAUUGAAACUUUCAUCUAAUGUGCAAAUUCUGUUUCAAGCUUCAUUUCACAACUCAGCAGCCUUGACACAAAAAGUAAAACAAAAAAACGCAACAAGGCCACAAUCUUUGUAUGAUAGUUUGAGGCUUUUACCCACUGCGACACAAACUGAGAUCAAGAAUGCUUACUAUGAGUUGGCGAUAAAAUAUCAUCCGGAUACCAGUAAAGAGGUAAACAAAGAAGAAAACUUUAGAGAAAUCACAAAUGCCUACCAAGUGCUGGGAAAUGUUUCUUCAAGAAAGAAGUACGAUGAAGAAUUUGGAUCAUAUUUCAAUUUUCAAGGUUCCUUUAAGAAAGAAGCAAUACGUCCGACAUGGAGGUUAUUUGACAGCAGAAUAGUUAACAUUGAUGCAAAAAAUAUAAAGCAGGGAGAGACAUUUAUUUGUCAUCUAGCAUCUUUGAGCAGUAUCUUGGGUAAACCAUUUCGUGUUACUAAUAUCUGUCACCAUGCUGUAAUUCGUGGUAUACCAGCCAAUGAGAUGAGAAUAAUGAUUCUACUCAGACAAUUAUGCAAUGGUUCAUUGUCGGGUUCGAGGGGUUCAAAAACUAUGACAUUCUUACCAUCUGAUGUUCAGGCAGGAAAGUUUUAUGUUGAUGCUUAUCAAUUUGGUAACGUUUGUGAUAUCAUUCCAUUUUCCAUAUUGUGUAUGAUGUUUGCACCUUCUCCAAAUCUUGGAAAAUAUAAUAUUCUUUUCCUAAAUGGACCUACAUAUACAUUUAAUGGUUUGCACAUUGACCAUAUUGCAAAGGUUUAUCUUCCUGUUAUGAAAAACUUUGGAAUGUCCUUUGAAAUUGAAGUAAAAAAGAGAGGCUACUUACCAUAUGGACGUGGUCGAAUUGUGACCAAAUCAAAACCAAUUUUCAAUUUUCAAAGUAUUGAUCUUACAAUGCCAGGAAUGGUUGUCAAAAUAACUGGGCGAGCCUUUGUAGCUGGUGGAAAACCAAUAAAAAUUGCACAAAAAAUGGCUAGACAAGCAUUAAAGUCUUUAAAGAAAAGGUUUAACGAUAUUCCAAUUAUGAUAGACAGUGCCAGAGAAUUGGAUAGUCGGUCAGAAGGCAUGGGUCAAGGCAUUUUACUGGUGGCAGAAACAUCAACUUCAUGCGUGUUUUCGGGCUCUGGAUUAUGGAAAAAAGGUGUUGACACAGACGAUAUAGUUGAGAUGGCAAUUUCAGAACUUCUGAGUAACACAAAUUCAGGUGGUUGCGUUGACAGUUGGAUGCAGGAUAAGGUAAUUACAGCAAUGGCACUUGCACACGGAGAGUCAGUUGUAUUAUUUGGAUCUUUAACACCACAAGCGAAAGCUGCUAUAAAAGCAUUGAGAAUUCUAACAAAGGUCCGUAUCCAAGUCAUCAAACAAAGCCAUUCACCAGAAGUAAAUAUUGUUAAGUGUAAAGGUCUUGGUUUCACUAACUUGUACCUCAAUAAAAGUGCUCAGCUUAGCGAAGAUGGAAAAUUGAUGGAAGAUUAAGAAAAUGGAAGACUGAGAAAAAAUAUUGGACUGAAAAUUGUUCUCCUUAAGAAAACGGAGGUGGACAAAUUGGCUAAAAAUUGUUUCACGGUGGUUUUGAGAGGCUUUGGCAAAUAUAUGUGUGGCCUAUGUUCAUAGAGUACAACGAUACUUGAUGAGUCAUUAAAAUGUCUGAAGUCAACAACAUACCAACACGGACUGGGAAACCAGGCGGUAACUUCAGUGACACAAAGUCUUUCAAUUUAUCAAAAUGUUUAAAAGGGGCGAUAACUUCGAGGACAUUUAACAAACUACAAAAAAUUACACAUUACAAUUCACUUGUUGGUAAGAAAUAUUUGAUUAAAUUAUUCACAAUUA